GGCGCGAGAUCGUCCGAGAAGACCGAUGUACUCCCUGGCAACAUGACAACCGCCUCCACCUCCUCCCCAGAUCCAGUCUACUUCUGGCGCGAAACAGAGCCCACAACAGGAUACCUCUCGCAAUGGUAUCCCUGUGCCUUCUCCGACGAGACCAAUCCGUCCAUCAUCUACCCAACCGCUGAGCAGGAAACAAUCAUUAAAAACAAUAAAGCUACAUGAUGUACCAAAAAGCCCUGCUCUUCAACGACCGGACCGUCGCCGCGCAGAUCCUGUCCGCCUCGCAUCCCAGGCAGGUCAAGGCCCUGGGACGCAAAGUCUCCAACUUCUCGGACGACGUCUGGCACGCCCACCGUGAGGAGAUUGUGCGGCGCGGGAACAUGCUCAAGUUCACCCGGCCCGUGGACGAGAAGGACGGGAAGUGGGAAGUUGUUGCUGCCGGCGCCCAGGACGGUACUACAGGUAGUAAGAACUUGAGAGAGCUGCUGCUUGCUACCGGAGACAGAGAAAUUGUCGAGGCGAGCCCCAUGGACAGGAUCUGGGGGAUCGGGUUUGGUGCUGCCAACGCUGGCAAGGUCGGGAGGGAGAGAUGGGGGUUGAACUUGCUGGGCCGGGCGCUGAUGGCCGUCAGAGAGGAGUUGAGGGGACGGGAGGGAGGAGAGGGGAAGGGGGAAGCGAGUGUUGAUGGGGUCGAGAAGGAAAAGACUGUGUUGGAGAAGGUUGAUGAGUGAUACGAAGAAUGCGAGUUUCUCGAGCCGUUUCGCGCACUAAGCGGUAGGAGAAACCAUCUUCUGAUAACUCCAGAAAGGAUCUCUUCUCGUUGUUUAGUUCAGACUUCAGAGCAUACAGAAGAACUCAAUAUUCGAGAGGACGACCGACCCAGUAUGGACGGGUAAUGUUUUGAGAUUCUCCUACCAAUCCCAACACCGCUGUCGGGUUUCGAGAUUGCCUCCCUUUCCAUGCCGCCAUAGCUAUACAAACAGGCCUUUUCC